AUGUCGGCAUUUCAGGACUAUUGCAUAGUGUGUGACAGGCUGUGUGUCCACAACGAAAUCUACUGUAGUGCUAAGUGCCAGGAACUGGACUCUACACCUAUAACUUUACAAGGAAAAGACGAUAUCCCUCAUGACCAUUACAGAACAAAGCUGGAAGAGAAGAAUAACUUCAACUACCUGUCGCCCCUGCUGUCUGGCGCAGUGGUUUCCAACGACAUCAACCAUCUCGAUCUAAAUGACAUUAACUCCAAGUCCAACCAAAGGAGUAUCAACAUAUCAACUCCCUCCUCUAGGCAUGUGAAUCUGAUAUCUCAGUAUCUAGCAAGCUCUGCAUCUGUCAAUUACAAGAAGUGGCUCAACAAUACCAAUCUCAUAAGUCAUUGA